AUGGAUCAGCGGGUUAUUCAGUUCACCAGAGCAAAGAUUGACGAAGAUAUUGUUGUGAUUGUGUCUGUGUUUGAUCAAGAGAGGCUUCCCAAGACUUUUGUGGUCCCUUAUCAGAGAAAUGUUGACCUAGAGCCAGUGAAGAAGAUUAAGCCCAUGGUUAUCUAUGUUCCCGUUCCAUUCUCAUUUGACAUUACCAAAGCAGUGACUUGGAACUAUAAGCUUGUAGUUUAUGUGGGUAACAAACCAGUAAUCUUGAAAGAACCAGAUGUGACUAACAUUGCUGGAGCUAGUGGUGUGACUCGAAGUGGAAGGGUUUUCGCUCCUGAAGUGAUCCCAAGCAAAGAAAGUGCACCAACAGUUGAACCAACAAAGGGGAAGGAGGUGAAUCUCCCAGAAGCAGAAGAAGGCUCAUCUAAGAAAGCAGUGACUGCUGAAGAGGAUAGAGAAUUCUUGAAGAUCAUCAAGAAGAGGGAUUACAAUGCCUUCUUGAACGAAGCUUAUGUGGCAGAAGACAUCAGUGUUAUUCAGUUUGAUAAUGUGGUUGCUAAUCUCAAUGCUAGUAGUUGUUUGAUGUUAGCUGAUGAUGAUUUACCCCCUAAUGGGCGAGAACAUAAUAUGGCGCUUCAUAUCUCCAUUCAGUGUACAGAUGUUACUUUGGCUCGAGUACUGGUAGAUACAAGUUCAUCCUUGAACGUGUUACCUAAGACUACCCUGGCACAAUUGAAUAUUGAAGGGGUGCAGAUGAGACCCAGUGCUUUGAUGGUGAAAGCUUUUGGUGGGUCUAAGCAAACAGUUAUUGGGGAGAUUGACCUCCCAAUCCUGAUUGGCCCUCAAACUUUCUAUAUUCCCUUCCAGAAGCUGAAGUUUGUUACUUCUGGUAAGCUGGUAGGAGUAUCCGGAGAGGAAGAUAUUUUCGUCAGCCAUUUGACUUCUUUCAGAUACAUUGAAGUAGGUGAAGACAUUGUUGAAACUCCUCUCCAAGCCCUUGAAGUGGUCAAUAUGGUCCAGACUAAGCUGAAACUUGUUGAAGAACCCAAGGUGGUCAUGUCCUCUUGGAAGAGUGUGAAAGCUGCAAUUAAAGUUGGUUGCCCUGGAAGUUGGGGCACAAUGAUUGAAUUACCAGAGAAGAAAGACAAGUGUGGAUUAGGAUAUCAGCCGUCUAUUGAACUUUUCAAAGAUCAAACGAUACAUCAGGGGAAGGUUCCUAGCAUCCAAGAAAUAUUCUCUAAAGCUGGUUUCCGAAGUGAUGAUCAAGUGAAUGCUCUUGAAGAUGAAGAUCCAGAUUUGUCCAAGAUGGUGUUUUGUGGACCUCCGGAUGCCGCUCUCACUAACUGGAAGGCAACAGAUGUUCCGGAUAUAGUUUCUUGUUCAAAGUAA